UUCGUUUCGAUGGUAUAAAAGCCCUGGCGGUGCUGUGGACAGUAUCAGUCAUCCACAAGACAGUACAGCAGCCAUGGCAUUCAAGUUCGUCGCUCUCUUCGCCCUCGUGGCCGCGGCCAACGCCGGAGUUCUGGCUCCCGCCCCCCUGGCCUACCAUGCCGCCCCCGCCUACGCUCACGCCGUCCCAGCUUACGGCUACGCCUCGGCUCCCUUAGCCAAGGCCGUGGUCGCGAAGACCGUCGACGCCGAUUACGACGCUCAUCCCCAGUACAGCUACGCCUACGACGUCCAGGACUCGAUAACCGGGGACAACAAGCAGCAGCACGAGACCCGCGACGGCGACGUCGUCCAGGGUAGCUACUCCCUCAUCGAGUCCGACGGAACCCGACGCACCGUCGACUACACCGCCGAUCCCGUCAACGGAUUCAACGCCGUCGUCCACAAGGAACCCGCCGGCGUCGCCGUCAAGACCGUCGCCGCUCCCGUCGUCGCCAAGUACGCCGCCCCCGUCGCCCACGCCCCCCUCGCCUACGCCGCCCCCGUCGCUCACGCUCCCCUCUCUUACGCCGCCCCCGCUGCCCACGUGACCUACGCCGCCCCCGCCGUCGCUCACGCCGCCCCCCUUUCCUACUCAGCGUACGCUGCCCCCACAGCUCAUGUCAGCUACGCCGCCCCCGCCUACGCUUACCAUCAUUAAGCCGAACUUUUUUGUAACUAGUAAUAUUUAAAAGUGUAUAGUUUUUAAAUAAAAACGAAAUACUUAUCAUGUA